GCAAGCUUAAGUAGCUUCUAUUGACGAGUAGUUGCCUGCAAAACCGUUUACGGAGUGCCUAACUACCCUUUAAUUCUUUCUCAAUGCACAAUGGUCGACUGACUGAAGGCUCGUGUUUUAAACAGAAAUUGUGUGUCUUGUCUAACGCAUAUGCAGCGCGCCAGUCUUCGAAGCUACCAUCCGAUAUAAUUGUCCUCAAAAUAAGUACCGUGAAAAACAUCUAGAAUUAAAAUCAUUUGAGUGAUUACUCGAAGUGCUGCCAUGUUCGCAUUCGUUACCAUCGCUAAAAGAACCGGCGCUCACACAUUCAAUGGCAUUGGAAAAAUACGAAUAACUGCCCAAUCGAUAGCCAAGCUACCCGGCUCAGGUGCAAGUGUGAAGUUAUCUACCACACCUGUCCUUUGCCGCAGCCUCUCUGGCACCUGCCAGCGAAGCACCUACGUUGACGAAAAUGACCCGGAUAGCCGCUACGCAAUUAACACAGAACGGAGUGAAUACUCAAAGUCUGGAACUGAUAAUGCUGUUGCGGCGCAGAGUUCUGCAUGGGACAUAAAAAACCAGACUCCUGAAAGCGCAAGGGAGGAGUCGGAAAAAGAGUGGGCAAGAGAAGGAAGAAGCAAGGCAAGCCCGCUGGAGGUGAGCCCUGCAAACCAAGAGGUAUCACGAUUCACUGACGAAUCCGGGCGGGGUGCUUCAGUCAUUCAUGGUCCAAGCAAGAGAGUCUCGCCAAAAAAGGGCAAGAAAGUGGAACUUGCCGCACCUGAAGCGGGGAGCGAUCAUGAAACCACGAAGGUCUAAAUGUACGGUUGCCGUAGGGAGUGAAAGCCUUAUGCGCUGCUGCGACGUGAUUUGUUGCUUUAUUUAGUACGCCGCUCUCUGCACCAAGCCGGUGAUUGGCGUUCCUAGCAUAUGUAAAUAUGUUUAUUAUUGUACAAAUGGGAAAAAGACAAACUCUCCUAUGAA